AUGCCGAACGCCCUGUCAAUGAGACCUCCUCGAUGUUUCCGAGAUAAGGAAGCCGAGCUGGCCAUGCGCAUCAUGAAGCCAUUCACAGUCGCGGUCGUCGGUGAUCUGAUCCAGAUGAUGCCCUUUGCGAACCGCGAUGAUCCAGACAUUCAGGCACUCGUCGAAGUGAUGCGGAAGGCGGAUAUCACGCUGGCCAACAACGAAAACACAAUCGUCGACCGACUGACGUUCCGCGGGCCCAUCUCUCACAUGGAAGCCCCUGCCGAGAUUGCGGAUGACUGGGCUUCGAUGGGCAUCGCCAUGGUGUCUAAGGCAAACAACCACACCUUCGACAACGGGGAGGCCGGCUUGAUCCAGAACUUUGAGCAGCUUCGUCGCGUGGGCAUCGACUAUGUGGGCACCGACUACAAUCUCACCGAGGCUAGAUUGGCUCGAUUUCGUGCCCUCCCGAAAGGGACAGUUGGUUUCGUCGGCGCCUACGCCGAGGUCGAGGACUAUUCUCAAAUAUACGGCUUGCCGCGCGGAGACCCGAUCUUCGUCAAUAAAGAGCAGCUUGAACAAUUGCAUGCGAUGGAGGAGUCUCUCUACGAAAGGGGAAAAGAGGUUCCCAAUCCCAUUGACAAGGAUUCAGCUCGUCCAGAGGGCAGCCUACUGCUCUUCGGCCGAGUUUUCCAACUCGCAGAUGUCGACGCGGCCAUGGACGAGGUCGCUUCCAUCAAAAAGCGGCUGGAGCACCAUUUGAACUCCAAAGGGCCCAUUACCUCGAAAAACAACUCGUUGAGGCUAAAGGUCUAUCAAGGUGUCACAGAGGCCCAAAUGGCUCAGCUUCGCAAGAUAGCAGGCGACGAGGGCAGUGGCCCAACCCUGGACGCCUUUGACGUGCACUUCAAGGUAACCCCAGGCCCCGGAGAGUACUCGUACGACAUGAACGAGGUUGACGAGCGGGAGAUCCUGCGCGAAGUCCGAUCGGGAAAGCAAUUCUCGGACUUCGAGGCCUUCACGAUCCACUGGCACCAGAACCGGUACUCGUUCCAGAGAUACUCGUUCGACCACUACCCGGCCGACUACCAGAUCAAGCUCGCGCACGAGGUCAUCGACAACGGCGCCGACCUGUUCUUCGCCCACGGCGUCCACACACUGAGGGGCGUCGAGAUAUACAAAGGAAAACCCAUCUUCUAUGGGAUCAACAAUUUCGUGUUUCAGAACCAGAGAUUCCGCUCCUGGCGCGACGACGCCGAGCGACAACCGGUGACCUUGACGGGCCCCGUCAUCGGUGACGGAGAGACGAACGAGUCCCGUUGGGCGUGGCUGCAGAGGCCCGAAAACUUGGAGGCCAUCCUGGCCGCCAACAGCUACGAGAGCGGGAAACUGGUUCAGGUGCUCCUCUACCCUGCUGAUCUUGGGUUGAAUCGGCCAGGGUCAGAGGUGGGCACGCCACGCCGACCAUCGCCAGAACUGGCCCAGAGCAUUCUCGAGCAGAUGGUGGAAUAUUCAAGGCCCUUUGGGACCAAGAUUUCGAUUGAGGACGGGGUGGGAGUCAUCCGGAUACCGUCAUAG